UCUGCCUCGAGGUGGGCUGCCCUCCUGGCAGGCUGUACAGGGAGUGUGAACGAGGAGAAGGUUGUCCUUUCAGCUGCGCUCAGGUCAGCGGCAGGGAGGGAUGCUACGCUGACGGCUGCGAGGAAGGCUGCCACUGUCCCGUGCACACCUACCAGCACCGUGGACUCUGCUUGUCGGAGUGUCCAUGUCUGGUGGAUAAAGAGCUGCUGGCCUCUCUGCAGAGCGUCUCCGUGACACCAGUCGCAUCCCUGCUGUUUCAUAACAUCUCAGAGGAUAUGGAGCUCCAGUCUGGAGAUACGUUUGUCCAUGACUGCAGCGCCUGCGAGUGCGUGCACGGCAGGUGGAACUGUUCUCUGGAGCACUGUCCUGUACACGGUGCUUUGUCUUCCUGGGGCCCCUGGAGCCCUUGCUCACUAUCCUGCGGUGGUUUGGGGCUCAAAACCCGCUCUAGAGGUUGCACACAGCCCGCCCCGGCCCAUGGAGGGAGAGACUGCCAGGGGCCACGGAGGGAAACGACCUACUGCCAGGCCCCUGACUGUCCAGCUACUGUUGUUCCAACAGAAGAACCAGCCACACCGGAGGAGGACUCUGGGUUCUCUCCCUGGUCGCCGUGGAGUCCUUGCACAAAGACCUGCACCGACGCUCUCAGCCCGGCCCUGAAGUCCCGCCAUCGAUUGUGUGUGACACCACCCUGUUCUGGAAGCUCUCACCAAGAGAAGGCGUGCAACUUGCCCCAGUGUCCAGGCGAGGUGUGUGUAGAGGCCGAGUGUGCGCGAAGGAACUGUUCGUGGACCAAGUGGGCAGAGUGGAGCGCUUGCUCGCGGUCCUGCGGCGUGGGUCAGCAGCAGAGGAUCCGAACGUUCCUGAGCCCCGGAACAAACGGCUCGUGGUGCGAGGACAUCCUCGGAGGAAACGUGGAGCAUCGCUUCUGUAACAUCAAACCCUGCAGAGUUGAUGGAGGCUGGUCCCGGUGGAGUCCGUGGUCGCGCUGUGAUAAGCGUUGCGGCGGCGGACGCUCGAUACGCACUCGCUCCUGCUCUAGUCCUCCACCCAAAAAUGGUGGAAAGAAGUGUGCAGGAGAGAAGAACCAAGUGAAACCUUGCAACACCAAACCGUGCGAUGAUAGAGGGUGCCCACCAGGCCAAGAGUUUGUGAUGUGUGCCAGCCAGUGUCCACAGCGCUGCUCAGACCUCCAGCAGGGCAUAGAGUGCCAGACCAACAGCGAAUGUCAGCCUGGCUGCCGCUGCCCUCGAGGUCAGUUGCAGCAGGACGGGGUGUGUGUGCAGCUGUGGCAGUGUGACUGUGUGGACUCACUGGGGCAGAUUUGGGUGGCCGGCAGCACGCAUCAGGUGGACUGCAACAACUGCACCUGCUCUGACGGACAGCUGCUCUGCAGCAAUGACAGCUGCCAGGCUGCCUGUGUUUGGAGCUCCUGGUCCAGCUGGGCUCCCUGCAGUGUUUCCUGUGGACAGGGCCAGAGAACCAGAUACAGGUCUCUGACCCCAGACACCGAGGGAACACGUUGCCACUUUGAGGAGGUCCAGCACAGACCCUGCAGUCCAGGAACCUGCCCGCCUCUCUGUCUCCUUGACAACCAGACGCUCAGUGUGGGUGACACCUGGCUCCAAGGAGAAUGUAAACAAUGCACGUGCACUCCAGAGGGAGUUUUCUGCCAAGACAUCGACUGCAGAGUGGACGGUGCUUGGACCCCCUGGUCGGUGUGGUCUGACUGCUCAGCGACUUGUGGUCGGGGCACACAUGUUCGAACCCGCGCCUGCAUCAACCCCCCACCACGAAACAAUGGUUCUCACUGCAGCGGGCCAGAGAAAGAAACACAGGAGUGUCAGACCCCUCCGUGCCUGGAUGACCUUUGCCCUUGGUCUCCUUGGUCACCGUGCUCCCAGACGUGCGGGGCGGGGUCUGUAUCACGACACAGGGCGUGUGUGUGCGAGCAGGGAGGAGAUGCGGCGUGUCCCCCUGAGAUCGAGGCUGAGAGGAACCGCGUGGAGACGCAGCUGUGCUACAAACAGCCCUGUCCAGGCUGUCCCAUGUCAGCGUGGAGCGUUUGGUCUCAGUGUUCCUGUGCGUCCCAGAGGCAGCAGCGUUACCGUGUAGCGCUCUCUUCACCCACCAGGGGCCAACAGUGCACUCCUGUGGAAACGCAGAGCCGGGCAUGCGGUCUCAGCCGCUGUGAUGAAGUCUGCGAAGCCCCGUUUGUGUACUCGUCGUGUGGCGCUCCCUGUGAGAAGCAGUGUGAACUGCGUGGCCGUGAAGAUCUGUGUCUGGGCGUCAGCGAGUGCACACCUGGCUGUUACUGUCCACAGGGCCUGCUGCAGUAUAAUGGGAGCUGUGUUCCUCCAGAGGAAUGUGGCUGCAUCCACUUGCAGCACCAAGCUCCAGGAGAUCCACCCACGCCUGUCACCGUCCCACAGGGGGCCACGGUCACCAUAGGCUGCAGUACCUGUCUUUGUCACGAUGGGAGUUUGCAGUGCGACAUGAGAGAAUGUGAAGUCGUCCUCAGCGAGUGGUCGGGCUGGACUCGGUGCUCUCCCUGCGUGCUGCAGCACAACAGCUCGCAGAUGGUGUCGAUCCAGAGGCGCUUUCGAGCCUGUUUGGACCUGGAUUCUGGUCUUCCAGUCUCUAAAGAGGAGGAGAGCCAGUGUCCAGCACUGCUGGUAGAGGAGAGGCCAUGUCCAGAUGCUAACAUCUGCAGAGAUGCGUGUCAGUGGAGUGGGUGGAGUGCUUGGACAGCGUGUGCUGAGCCGUGCAGCGGUGGAGUCAGGCAGCGCUACAGACAGCCCCUGGCCUCUCCUGCAGGACCCCAGUGUAGGAGGCAAGAGACCCAGACCCAAGGAUGCAACACGGCCCUCUGCCCAGGUGAGCGCUGUGAGGACAGGGAUCGAGCCUCCCAGGACAGCUGUGCCAACAAGUGUCCUCGCAGCUGCACUGACCUAUGGGAGCAUGUGCAGUGUCUCCAAGGAGCCUGUCACCCGGGUUGUCGGUGUCCAGAAGGACAGCUGUUGCAAGAUGGCCGCUGCGUGCCAGUGACAGAAUGUCGUUGUGGUAUCCCAUCAGGCAACGGGACGCUGGAGUUCCUCCCUGAAGAGGAGUUUACUGUGGACUGUAACGCCUGUGUGUGUGAGAAUGGCACGGUGGUGUGCUCCAAGCUUCCCUGUCCAGUUUAUGAGCCCUGGAGUCCGUGGAGCGCCUGCUCAGCUUCAUGUGAGCGAGGCCGGAGAACCAGGACGCGCCGCUGCCAGGACACAGAGGGCGGCCCGCCCUGUGCCGAAGUCACGCAAACAGAAAUCUGUGAUCUGCCGUCGUGUCCAGCGGGUUGUUUGCUGAGUGAGUGGUCGGCCUGGAGCGAGUGCAGCGCCUCCUGUGACGGUGGGUUGUCAUUGCGGAACAAGACGGUCCUUCGAGAGCCAGAGCCCGGUGGGACAGCCUGUGUCGGGCCACUUGAACAGCACGUUGUCUGUAACACCAACAGCUGCCUGCCCGAGUGUCCCGGCACGCAGGUGUCCAGUGACUGUUCAGCUUCCUGUCCGUAUACCUGCCAGGACUUGUGGCCACACACUCAGUGUUUACCUGGACCCUGCACGCCGGGGUGCACAUGCCCUCCUGGACAGGUGUUGCACAGGGGCUCCUGUGUGGCUCACGCUGACUGUCCCUGUUCGCCGCUCUCUUUGCCGGCUGAUUUUCAAAGCUGGAAUGUCAGCUCCGAGUACUUCACGGAAGCUCUGCUGCCCCCGGGAGCGGCCAUCCAGCACCUCUGCAAUACAUGCUUGUGCCAAGGUGGGAUGUUCAACUGCACCUCAGAGCCCUGUGAGGUGGACUGCCAGUGGUCCACAUGGUCCCAGUGGAGCCCUUGUUCAGCCAGCUGUGGUGCAGGACAGCAGAGCUCCAUCAGAUUUGUUCUGGAGCCCAACCAGUAUGGAGGGGCUCCGUGUGAAGGCCCUAACCUCCGCACAACAACCUGCAUCGCCCCUGACUGUGCGUGUCCUGAUGGGGAGCAGUGGAGGAGGACGACAUCAGAGGAGAUCCUGUUGUGUGAGAGGAGCUGCCAGGACAUUUAUUCCUCCUCUCCUGUCAACUGCAGCCACUCUGCUGAAGGCUGCGUGUGUCAGGAGGGGCUUUACCGAAACCCAGAGGGCGCGUGCGUCAUCCCUGCCCUCUGCCCUUGCCAUGACCGGGGCGUCCUGCGGGAGGCUGGAUCAGAGUGGGAGGAGGACUGUCUGUCAUGCAGCUGUGUGAACGGGAGGAAACUGUGCCGGCUGAGGUGCCCUCCACUGUACUGUGAUGAGGGGGAGGUGAAGGUGGAAGAACCAGGCAGCUGCUGCCCCGUGUGUAGAAAGCAGUUUCCAGGUGAGCCUGUGCAAGAGUGUCAUCGCUAUGUGCAGGUCCGCAACAUCACCAAGGGAGACUGUCGACUUGACAAUGUGGAGGUCAGCUUCUGCAGGGGACGCUGCCUGUCCAGGACUGAUGUCAUCCUGGAGGAGCCGUAUCUCCAGUCGGUGUGUGAGUGCUGCAGCUACCGCCUGGACCCAAACACCCCGGUGCGCUUCCUCAGCCUGCAGUGUGAGAGUGGAGAGAGCGAGCCGGUUGUCCUGCCAGUCAUACACAGCUGCGAGUGCACCAGCUGCCAAGGAGGCGAUCUGUCCCGACGCUGAGCGAGUCUGUUGGACGCGUCUGCGAACGCACCGCAGAGAGAACAGUGUGAAGUCCAAAGCACCAAGGAGCACCUCGCUAAAAGCCAGCUGGGUGAUAGAUGGAGGAUUCUGGGUGGACGGAUGGAUGAGUGGAAAAAGUCCCUGCUGAUAAACACAGUGCUCUGUAGUGCUCAGUCACCAAAUGACUGGAUCUUACUGCUGAUCGUAUAUUUCUUACAUAUUCUGCAGCCUGUACAUUCUACUGUGUAUUUAUAGAUUAAAGAUCCUAUGAACAAG